AUGACAUCAGCAACGCCUUGUGUUAGAUGCCAAGAUACAGAGAAUGAGAUGCAUUGUUUCUUCAACUGCCAGUACGCAAAGAAUGUUUGGGAUCUUAUCCCCCUUAGCAAAGCAGUUCACCUAGCUGCGGGGAUGAUUUUCCCAGAGGUAAUAGUCAAAUUUAGGAGAGUUAUCUGUCUGCCUCCCUCAGGAAUCUCUCUUAACAUCCUCCCCUGGGUCUUGUGGGCCAUCUGGACGGCGAGAAACACCCUCAUCUUCGAAGGACGAUACCAAUCUCCUGAAGAAACAGCACUGAAAGGGAUUAAGUUAGCAAGAGAAUGGACCAAUUCACAAAAUCAAUCCUCUGGAAAAAAGGACCUACCUCAGAGUCAGCAAUUCCAAUCGCGAGCACCCCCACAGAUUAAUCUCGAUAACGACCAAGUGACAUGCAAGACAGACGCGGCGUGGCACAAGGAAAAGCUCGUAGCAGGACUAGGGUGGGUGUUCUCGGGUCCGAGACUCGAAUCUCCCAUCAAAGGAUCGAUGUGUGAAGCUUCGAUAGGCUCCCCUCUAGUUGCAGAGGCUUCUGCAGUCAGAUCAGCUAUGUGUAUGGCGAUCAAUUUGGAGUUCAGCUCUCUUGAGGUGCUCUCCGACAACUUAACGCUCAUCCGAGCAAUCUCCGGCAUCACUCAGGCUAAGAAAAUCAUCGGUAUUGUGAAAGACAUCCGAUCGAUAUCUACUGAGUUUGCAUCAAUCUCUUUUGCGCAUAUCUCUCGUUCUCUGAAUGUGGAAGCGGAUAAUCUCGCAAAAGAAUCUCUGCGUUUUUCAUAUCUUCUGUAUUGA